AUGGCAUGGGGAGACCGCGAUCGAGGUCGUGAAGUCUGCAAACCAAAGACAUUUUAUAUAACCAAAUAUAAAACCAAUACUAUCACCAAGUUCUCCAUCCAAAAAACAACAAUAAGGACAACCGUCAUCAAAACUAUUACAGUCACCGCAGAACCCGACAAUUCGGUUACAGAAGAACCUGCAACUGCGGUCACCGAUCCACCACCAGAAGAAGGGCCCCCGGCCCCAUCUACCUGCCCACCAUCAUCCAUUGCUACAAACGUUCGACGUAACUGCGGGCCAAUGCCAUCGUGUAGUAAAUGCAGAGACACUAUUACAGCGACUCAGACUUUUAACUGCAAUUGCAUUCGCCAUCCAAACGGAUGUCGCGUCGUGAACUUUAGGCAGAAGUGUCCUGGGGAUUGUGCAUGCACUACGUUGACUUUGUAUGUCCCGGCGAUAGGGUGCACUUCUACGCAGACUCUUGUUAGUGCUGUUGUUUAA